GCUGAAUCCCACUCGCUCACCAAGAAACCAAUGCCUACAUCCAAAAGCAAUAGGGCACAGACCCUGCGCUCCCUCGUCCAGCUCCUCGUCAACACCUCCGAGGUGGUCAUCAAGGAAUGGGAGGCUGAGGAGCAACACCCCCAACCCGAUGAUCACCUAGCGUCAAGUCUACCAUCCCACCAACUGUUCGAAGCGCGCCGCAUCAUUGUCGCAGCAUGUGGCAUGUGCGUCGACCUGGUAGAGGAUCCCCGUAUCCGCCUUCAGGAGCUGUCAGAGACGUUUGCACUGUCUCAGGCGUUCGAUACCACGGUUCGUGCGGGGGUACCGGACAUACUCGCAGAAGCAAUGCCGCGUUCUGGAAGUGUCUCUGCCGCAGAGCUCAGCCAGCGCACGGGAAUCGACGAGAAGAAGCUCGUGCGGCUGAUGCGCUUUUUGUGCUCGGGUGGACUGUACGAGGAGGUCAAAUAUCUAGAUUUCGCGAACACGCGUAUGAGCGGCGCCCUUGCGGGCAAUCCUCCCGCGCAAGCAUUUCAGCUUAUCUACGGGACAAAGGCAGUCAUCGAGCCCCUUGCGUACUUGCCCGAGACUCUGCUCGACCCGAAGAUGACGAGUGCAACGUCCGCGACGGAGUCUGCGUUCCAGAAAGCGUUCAAGACGAAGCAGACACUGUGGGACUUCGUUGAAGGCGGAGACGACUCUGACGAAGUCGUCCGAGAGAUCCGCCAGCUGUUCCCGCUGUCGAUGGCAGGGCAGACCCAGUUGAGUUCGAGGUCGAUCGUCGCAGACUUCCCGUGGGGAUCCCUGGGAGAAGCUACUAUCGUGGACGUCGGAGGUGGCGUGGGGAGCAUGUGUACGGAGCUCGCCAAAGUGUUCCCGAACCUACAGUUCGUGGUUCAGGACCUCGCAGCCGCCAUUGAACAGGCAAAGUCUUAUUGGAAGGCCGAGGACCCUAAGGCGUUGGGAACGGGACGCGUAGAGCUCAUGGUCCAUGACUUCUUCAAGGAGCAGCCGGUGAAAGGCGCCGCGGUGUAUCUGCUGCGAUGCGUUCUGCACGACUGGCCAGACGACGACUGUGUCAAGAUCCUGACCAGACUGCGCGAGGCAAUGGCCCCAGACUCACGCAUCCUCAUCGCCGAAAUGAUCAUCCAUCCUCCCCUCGGCUCUACGCAGCUCAAGUCCGCUCCUGCGCCGCUACCUGCGAACUACGGUCGUGCAAGCCUGAUGAAGGGCAUGCACGACAUCGUCAUGCUCAGCUCGCUUAACGGCAGCGAGCGAACACCCGAACAGUUCGUGGACAUCGCUAGUAGGGCGGGGCUGAGGACCGAGAAGAUAUGGGAGUGUCGGUCGCCCGUUAGCAUAACUGAGUUGCGGCUGUAAUAUCACUGUCAGUGCGUCCGAUGCACUGAUACAUAAGUAUGCGCAACGCUUGUCUAGGCCAUAACUAGGCCAUGUGGCGAUUUGUGCAUCCGAUUUCACUCGCGAGUUUGCCGACCGCACGCAUUGCGUUAGGAGCAACUCAAGUAUUACUAUCUGUUACUAAUAGUAGACGCCGCGCAUCAUCCGAUUGCAUACCAAUUUUUCCAUGGA